AUGUGUCAGAUGGGUGUGAUUCCUGUGUUGACUGUAAAACCAUGGAGAGCCCUCUUUGAUGAGAAGUUCCAUGUGGUUGUGGGGAACUUACCACCGACACAGGAGGUCACACUACAUUCUUUACAUCAGUCUGAAGACACAGACUACUGGGAGGCGUUUGGGCACUAUGUCAGUGAUGCUCAGGGAAGGGUCACAGUCUUCAAGGAUCCAAGUGUAGGGGGGACAUAUGAGGGUGUUGAGCCCAUGGGUCUGUUGUGGAGCAUGAGACCAAUACCUGGCAGUAGACCGGAACUCAGGUUGAGAAAGAAGGAGGUCCACACUCCCAUGGUGGUGCACAUCUCUGUGUACAGGGGACACAUGAGUCAGGGGUUCAGAGAGCAGGUGGCCCUGGCGAGUGUCGUCACAGAGCGCUGGUACAUGGCCCCUGGAGUCCGCAGGGUCGACAUCACAGAGGGAGGGGUCACAGGGACCCUGUUCCUGCCACCAGGUCCCGGACCCUUCCCCGGAGUUUUAGACAUGUGGGGAGGUAGUGGCGGCCUGGUGGAAUAUAGAGCGGCUCUCUUGGCAUCCCACGGCUUUGCUGCCAUGGCGCUACUUUACGUCUUCCCAGACCAACAUAAAAAUGCUACCAUUGGCUACCCUUACUUUGAGGCUGCAUUCAGACUACUGCAGGAUCACCCUCUAGUGGCCGCUGACAGAAUUGCGCUGCUUGGCCUUUCCCUUGGCGUUACAGUGGUUCUAUCCAUCACUGCUUACUCAGAAGCUGUCAAACCUAGAUGUUGUGUGUGCAUCAGUGGCAGCCAUGCGUGUCGAAUUGGAGCCACCCAGUCCGUUGAGGAAACAUCUCAGGGUAUACACAAAAAAUAUGCAAAGGCCCGUACUGAUGAGGAGAAUCGCCUCAUCUGGAGGGACGUUCUUCUACCUAUUCCAGAAGAUAUAGACCUGAAAGUGGAAAUGGGGAGGAUAACAUGUCCUCUGCUGCUGGUUGUUGGACAAGAUGAUCAGAAUUGGGCUGCUGUUGAAUCAGCUGAUGAUGUGAGCUACGUCUGGUUUGCCUAUGGAAAACAUCAUGCUUCAUACAUGCAGUUUAAAAAACCUCUUAAAUGUAAUGGCAAAAUGUAGAUUUCGGCCUAAAUAGACAUACCCAAAAGUAACUGCUAUUCAUGUGUAAUUACAUGAUUCUGACAUGGCAAAACGUGAUAUAUUUGGAAAGAAAAUAUCUGGGAGAUUAUGAGGAAAUUAGAUAGAUAGAUAGGAGUUACAUAGUUCAGAAUAAACAAGAUCAAGCACACACAAAAUAACCAUCUUUCAUUGACAAGCUAUACGUGAAUUAUUGAUGCCCAGAGCUGGAAACAGAUCAGAUGGCUUCCACAACAUGUGAACAAUAUCAGAUAAAAAUGGGACUUAUAGACCUAACAACUAGAAAUGGGCAGAUGUUUUAGUAAGUGGUUUCAGGUGUGGUCAUGGGAUGCUUCCAGUGUCCAUAAACCUCUCCAAAGUGGCAUAUGUCUGUAAAUGAGAUAAUUCCAGUGCUAUUACAUAUUUGAAAUCCCUAAAUGCUAUUUUUCAGUAUAAAAACACAAUUUUUACCAUAUCAACCUCACUCAAACACUGUGGGGGGUGUUAUGGGGUACCUACGGGAUAUUCAAGUGUCCUUUCAACCUCUCCAAAGUGUCCGAAUGUGGUAAUUGCACUGUUUCUGCACACUGGAUGUGCCCAAAAGUUGUUGUUUACUAUAAAAACAAAAUGUAUACAACACCAACCUCUCUCAAACAUUGUGGUGGUGUCGGAGGACAUACCGGGGAUAUUGAUGCCUACAGCGCAUAAACAAGCAUCAUAUUUCUGAUGCGCAAAGAUAUAGUUACUCGGUGGACAUUUGAUGUUGCCAUUAAAUCAUACAUCAUCAGAUAACAUUGGCAGUAGGCUAGAUUUGUUCCUAAUUUGAUAUCCCCCCAUGUAGCUACAGCCCAAACACAGACCAAAUCGACGCUUACCUUGUAAGAUGUUUGCUGUUUGGUGAAAACGACAAAUAAGAUAUCCUCAUGAUUUGUGGAGUCCCGGCUUUGGGUGUGUAUCAACGUUUAUGCUUCACAAUGCUGACAGGAAUGUGUAGU